GAAAACUCAACGUGUAUAAAUACCUACCCCAUGAUUUUUUACCUCCGCUGACCAGCCGCAUUGAUUUUCACAAUAUCUGGGAAUUUUCUCCCUUAUCUCACAUAAAAAGCAUUUUCUCCCAUUCUCUCUGCAUUCUGUUGCUGAAAGUGCAUCAAAAUGACGACAUACAAAGCCUUGCGGGCACUCCUGGCACCGGCCUUCCGGGAUGCUACGAAAAGAACGUGGAUUUCUGGGACGUCUCAGCGUUUCUCCGGCAUUAUUUAUUGUCAAACAAGGGGGUAUGCGGCUGAGAAGAAGGUUUUCCAGCGUGUAAAGCCACACUGCAAUGUCGGGACAAUUGGGCAUGUUGAUCAUGGCAAGACAACCCUCACGGCGGCAAUCACGAAAGUUCUCGCGGAUCGGGAUUUGGCUGAAUCACGAAAGUACACAGACAUUGAUAAUGCUCCGGAAGAGAAGGCACGUGGAAUUACCAUCAAUGUAGCUCACAUUGAGUAUCAAACGGAGACGCGUCACUAUGGGCACACUGAUUGUCCUGGACAUGCGGAUUACAUUAAGAAUAUGAUCACAGGAACAGCUCAGAUGGAUGGAGCGAUUCUCGUUGUAGCUGCUACGGAUGGUGUGAUGCCCCAGACGCGUGAACAUCUCCUCCUUGCCAAGCAAAUUGGCAUCAACUACAUUGUGGUGUUUAUCAACAAAGUCGAUGCUGCUGAUCAGGAAAUGGUUGAACUGGUUGAGAUGGAGAUUCGUGAGUUGAUGACAGAGAUGGGAUUCGACGGGGAUAACGUGCCAGUUGUUAAGGGCAGUGCUUUGGCAGCUCUUGAGGGGAAGGAUGCUGAAAUUGGAGCUAAACCCGUGCUGCAGCUUCUCGAUGAAGUGGACAAAUACAUCCCUACGCCUCAGCGUGAUCUCGAUAAGCCCUUCCUGCUGCCCGUUGAGAAUGUCUACAGUAUCCCUGGGCGAGGAACCGUCGUGACGGGACGUCUCGAGAGAGGGACACUCAAGAAGGGAGCUGAAUGCGAAUUUGUGGGCUACAACAAAGUUUUCAAGUCCACCGUAACGGGCGUUGAGAUGUUCCAUCAGAUUCUCGAGGAGGCACAUGCUGGUGAUCAGCUUGGGGCCCUUGUGCGUGGAGUCAAGAGGGAUGAUGUCAAACGUGGCAUGGUGAUGGCUAAACCUGGAUCUGUUAAAGGGUACGAUCAGUUCGAGAGUCAGGUGUACAUCCUCAAUAAGGAGGAAGGUGGCCGACAGAAGCCCUUCACUAACUUCAUCCAGCUCCAAAUGUUCUCCCGGACGUGGGAUUGCGCCGCACAGGUGACCAUUCCCGGCAAGGACAUGGUGAUGCCCGGUGAAGACGCCAAGCUCAUUAUGCGCCUCAUCCGACCCAUGGUGCUGGAGCAGGGACAACGCUUCACCCUCCGUGAUGGUUCCCUCACACUCGGCACCGGCGUCGUGACGAAAGUUCUUCCCGUGCUGACGGACGAUGAGCGUCAUGCCCUUGUUGAGGGCAAGAAGGCACGCGAGAAGAAAGCCAAGGCCGAGAGUACGGGCAAAUAGAGCCCCCGCAGCGUUAGAAAGCUAGAAAAAGCCACACUCUGAAUUCACGGAAAUGUAUUUUGUUUUUAAGGAAGAAACUAAAUAAAAAAAGCCAAUUAGAGA